AUGCCAGAUGCUUCGAUCCUUAUCUUCACCUCCAUGGCCAUCGCUGACCUCGAGUACCCGCCCCAUGCAUGUCUACAACAACCACAGCUAAUCGUCUCGUCUUCUCGGCAUGGGCCUUCUGUCAAGAGACGUACCCGAGCCGAGCAACAUCUAACUUUCCGGCUCAGAUCACAAGGCCUUAACUCCCGGCAGAUGAAACCUGAAGUGUCAACGGCUUUCUAG